UUUUGUCUCGUUUGUAACGAAUGUCGACCGCCCAGCACCAAGUGAUCAUGGAGCCUUCUCUGGCCCUGGGCAGACUGGAAUUGACCCCGAGCCCGGCCGCCGUGGGGGUCAACCUGACCCCGCGACUCUCCGGCGGCCCCCCGGCCAAAGAGAAGAGCGGCCAGCCGCCCCCGGAGGCCCAACCCCCGGCGCACCUGAACGGCUGCGUGCCGCUGUCGCACCAGGUGGCGGGUCACAAGUACGGGGUGGAUAAAGUGGGUAUUUUACAGCACCCAGAUGGAACGGUUCUGAAACAGCUUCAGCCUCCACCCAGAGGUCCACGAGAGAUGCAGUUUUACAGCAUGGUGUAUGCAGAAGACUGCUAUGACUCAUGCCUAUUGGAGCUUCAGAAUCAUCUGCCCAAAUAUUAUGGGGCGUGGUCUUCUCCCGAUAGCCCCAACGACCUGUACCUGAAGCUGGAGGAUGUGACCCGUCGUUUCAACAAACCAUGCAUCAUGGAUGUCAAGCUUGGCCAGCGGAGCUAUGACCCAUUCGCCUCGCAGGAGAAAAGAGAACAGCAGAUUAGAAAAUACCCGCUGAUGGAGGAAAUAGGCUUCCUGGUCUUGGGCAUGCGGGUUUACAAGGUGUGCAGUGACAGUUUUGACUCGUACGACCAGCACUAUGGAAGAGGACUGGUGAAGGACACCAUCAAAGAUGGCCUGUCCAAGUUCUUCCAUAAUGGAGUCAGGCUGCGUCGGGACGCUGUGUCUGCCAGCAUCAGCAGGGUGCGGGGCAUCCUACGCUGGUUUGAGUCCCAGUGCCAGCUCACCUUCUAUGCCAGUUCCCUGCUUUUUGUCUAUGAAGGCCUCCCGUCUUCCUCCUCCUCCUCUUCCUCUUCCUCCUCCUCUUCCUCCUCCUCCUCCCCUUCCUUCCACUCUCCAGCUCUCAACACCGCCUUGAUUAGCUUGCCCGCAGGAAAAACAGCGUUGCUUUCAUCACCGGUAACGUCAACGGGAGCCAACGCAGAUACGGGGGUGGGAGUGGGGGAGGAGGGAGCACUAAGGCUGGAAGGGAAGGGGCAGGAAGAUGAGGCAGACGUGGCUGAGUGUAACAACAACAACAUCCGGGUGAUGACGCCCUGGAACUGCAGUCUGACCACCGCGUACACCAACCACAGCAAGGGCAGGCAUCACCACUACUGCACCAAGGGGUACCUCCAUGGCAGCCAUGACGCCACGGCAACCGCUGCGACAAGCCCAUCCGUCAAAACCAAAGUCUCCGCGUCGAACAAGGAGGACAACUCGGCGUGGAAACGGACAGGUAAAGUGCGACAGCAGCAGCCGAAUGGAAAUGGAAUCCCAUCACAACUGGAAAUGGAGGACGGAAGGAGUGAGCACGACGAGGGGGAGAGCGAGGGAGGAAAGAGGGACGAAACUAAAGAGCAGAUAGAUGGAUGGAAUGGAGAGGGGGAGGUGGAGGUCAGGAUGAUUGACUUUGCCCACGUGUUCCCAAGCGAUAGCCAUGAUCACGGCUACAUCUACGGCCUGAAACGCCUGCUCUCAGUGCUGGAGAAGAUCCUACACGAAGCCUCCUAGAUCUUUCGAACAAUGUUUCCUCCCCUUACUCCUCUUCCUUACAGCUCCCCGUGCCUCCUUCCCUUUUUUCAGACACCCCCCCUGUCUA